ACACUCCAACACUCCAAAGACCCCAACACGUCUGUCAACACUAAAGGACACAGGAGUAAGAGCACGAUGCCUUGACGACGAGACGAUGGGACGAUUACCAUCCGUUCUUCUCCUAGUAGUAAUUCUGGUGACUACUCUUCACGUGGAGAGUGCAUCGGCGUGGGAGCCAGUUCGUCGAGCCUCCAAGGCUUUGCCAAUACUACUAGUAGAACAACAACGGAAGAAGACCUAUCGGCGCUCCCACAGAAAAAAGAAUCAUGUGGAUGUUGCUUCUACCAGUUUGACCUUGACAAUUCCUCGAGGAGGAGGGAUUGGUCCACUGGAUCCUACCGAAGUAUCGAAAUUCGCCACGGCAUGGUCUCUUUUGCACGGGACACUGGGACGACUCUGCGACGAAGCCACACUGGCAUCCUACCAAUUGCCACAAACAAGUCUCCAUCGAUGUUUGGUCCGCAAGACGGCCGUGGGCAUGUUGGCAUUGGGUGUCGUGGCAUUCUCGGUCGUGUUUCAACCAACAACAUCCAUACUAACGGCCAUUGGCAAUGGUCAAGUGGUCUUUUUGAUUGAAAUGUGUACUGCCAUUAUCAACAAUGAAGCGGCGCUUUUAGUGGGAUACAGUGAGGCCUGGAACUACGUGUGGACAGCGAUUCUGGCCGUCGUGGCGGUGGGCUGUUACUAUCAGGCUAGUUGGAGUCAUCGUCUGGUCCAAAUAGUUGGCAUACUCCAGGGUGUCACGUUGGGGAUUUUCACCAUUGUCAAUCCUACAGCCUUUUUGUUGGGAGAAGAAGGACGACCCGAUAUCAUUUUCUUGGCCCAAUGUUUUGCCUACGCGACACUGAGUUUCAAUAUCUUUGUGGUGGCGCUGGCAUCACCAGGAGUCACUCCCCAGCAGGCUUUGGGAUAUGCAUGGAUUCCUACGUUGGUACAUUGUGUGAGCUGUCUUGCAUUUACCAAGGAACCCAAAGAACUGGACAAACGACAGUACUAUUAUACUCUGCCUGCGAGCUUGGCAAUUGUGGCUACUCUAGCAUUCUAGCUACGGUAGCUGACCAAGGUAGUUACCACAAGCGGCUCUAGCUACUAGCUUGUAGAGAGGCAUUUAUGGAAGCGGGAGGCUGGUCUGGGUUCAUCGGAGCUAUGAACUGGUCAGAUGUACCGUACGGUGCUUUGAUGAAGCUCAUCGGAGAAAAGGAUACCUGAACGAGAACAAGAGGAUGUGUGCACAUGAUCAACCUGAUUUACACGGCUCCUCGAAGAUUGAAUUCGAUCCGUUUGGCAGGUAGUUGCUGCUACAAAUGUUUUUUAAUAAGCUACGGUAAUGCAUCAAUGGCUGGCGAUCGUCCGUGUUUUCCUCCCACAAAAU